AUGAUCGUUAUUAGAGUGUUUCUUCUUGUAAGUUUUUUGGUUGAAACUUCACAUUCAGCCGAUCUUCUUCAACUUGGAGCGCAACUUGAGGAAAGGUUGCACCUUAACGAAAAGGAACCAGAAGACAUAUUAAACAAUUACAAUCUCCUUAAGGAAUCUUUCCCAUUUCUAGAGUCCAAUUGCGUUAGGGAAUCACUCCGAAUAUUUUUGCCAUUAUGCCUCACUAGUGGUACGGAAUCCGUUGAUGAGACACUGAGAAUGGAAACAGCGGUGAAACUUUCUCUUUGUGAAUUUAAGAAUUCUAGGUUAUCACAUAUACCUGAAGUGUGUAUCAACUCUAAUGGUGAUGAUGAUGAUGAUGAUGAUGAUAUGAUGUCUUUGAUGGAUUGCAUGUUGGAAAUGGAAACUUCGACACAAUGGUGGACCACAUACAGCGGGAAUUAUCAAAGACUACCUAGUAUCUGUUUUGAGAAUUCGUUACCAUACGAGAAGGAGCAGAUCUUACAAAUGUUUCUUAACGUCACUGAUCUGUUUGGUAAUAUGAAUGGGUAUUUAUCGAAGCAGUUUGAUGAUAUUAUUAAGAAAAGUGAACAUGCUACUGAUGAUCAUCUGAAGGAUAUGGCUAGUAUUUUCAAGGAAUAUUCGAAUGAUAUUUUGGAGAAUAAUGAAUUAAGUAAAGAAGAAUUGAGAGGUAGUUUCCAAAAAUUCAAGAGGGAUGUACAUUCCAUGAUGAGUGACAGUAAGAUGGAAUUGCAAAAUGAGCUUGAAAUUAAGGAUCAAGAAAUCUUGAAUAAAGUGGUAUCAUUUAAGGACAUUAUAAAUGACAUUAGUUUGGAGCUCGAUAUGAAUAAUCUAGGUUUAAUAAUUGAUAAUUUUAAAAAUGAACACCUGGCAACUUGGGACGAACUGAAUCGUUAUUCAUCCCAAGCAAUGAUGGUGCACAAGGGAAAUCAAGCUGAGUUGAAUAACAUGCUUGCUACAACACAAGAGAAUUUGCAAGUUUUAUCGCAAGAUAUAGUAGAUUCCAAGAUGGAUACUUUAGAGAUUGUGCGGGACAUAAAUGAAGUUAUUAAAGAUACUUUGAUUCCAACCAUAAAAGAUGAAUUAGCGCCAGAGCUCUAUAAUGUUAAAGAACAAAUACUUUUCGAUUGGACCAUGUUAACGGAAACAUUAAAUGGUGAUUUUGUCCUGUGGAAUGAAAGAAUUAAUGAUGAUUUGGAAAUUAUCUCAAAACGAGUGAGUUCUACCAUUGAUAAACUUGAUGAAUUGGAGAGUAGCCUAUCGCAGUUUAGUAGAACCUUUUCAAAAUUGCUGAAUACUUUAAAUAUCUUUAUUGGUAUGGUAAGAUGGAUUGCCAAUGUAAUAUAUUAUUUGGUAACGAAUAAAUAUGGUUGGGGCUGGUGUACAAUUAUGUGGAUCUUAUGGAAUAACUCAUUCAGGUGCUAUUUGACUAUAUUAUUUUCAAAUGGGUUACGAUAUAGUGUCAAGUCGUUAAAAUGGAUGCUAUUGAUAUUUGCAAUAUAUAUAGGUUCCAAAUGUGGAUCUUUCAUUAUAUCAAAUAUAUAA